AUGAUUAGGACUAUUAUCUUUACAUCGCUGACCUUUGUCAGUGUGUUCGGUGUCAUUGACAUUUGCGAAUACUACAGACACAUCGGAAAGCUUCACGAGCAUCCAGAGUGUGCACGUCAAUUCUCGACACCCGCUCCAACGACUGCUGCUCCAAGAAUCGGGUUCUGUUCUAGCUCUGCUGCUCUUAUCCAAUGCACAGCUGAUGCUCAAACGUGUCCACUUUCCGGCCAAGUUUGCAUUCAGUCUGAUGGUAACAAGUGCUGCCAAAUUGUGACAGCUGGAAUCCCGGCGUCGGAGAUCAACUCAAAGUCUGGAUCUUGCCCGCGUCCACUCGGCAUCUCCGUGUUUCAGGAUACCACUAUCGGAUGUUGGAUGGAUUCUAACUGUCCUGGCAUCCAGAAGUGCUGUGUUGAACCAAAUCCAGUGACCAACUCUGCCACCAGAAUCUGUCGUGACCCAGUUGGAAUCGCUAGUAAGAAGAGCACAUCCAUUUGCUCUCUUCCACUCGCUGUUGGAUCCUGCACAGCUCCUGCUGUCAGAUUCUACUACGAUGCUUCCUCGGGACGUUGCAACCAGUUCAUGUUCAGUGGAUGCGGUGGAAAUGCCAAUAACUUCCAAUCGCUCGCUUCUUGCCAAGCCACCUGUGGUCAGAGCGGAGUCACCGGAACACCAGCUUGCCCAAAUGACGCCAACGCUGGAUUGAACUGUCUGUUCGCUCAUGCUGAUGCCUGUAAUAGUGAUAGCGAUUGCUUGGGACGUGAGAAUACGGCUCAACCAUCAUGCUGUAUGACCAGCUGCGGAUACAAGAUCUGCUACCAAUAUUAA